AUGCUUUCCUUUCUCCAGAACCCCCGCCAAGCAGCGGCUCAAGUGUUGAACUUCGCCCUCAUUCUUUCUACUGCCUUUAUGAUGUGGAAAGGUCUCUCAGUCGCUUCGGAUUCUCCUUCGCCAAUUGUUGUCGUUUUAUCCGGAUCCAUGGAACCUGCGUUCCAGCGUGGAGAUCUUUUGUUUCUAUGGAACAGGAAUUUGUUGGAAGAGACAAAGGUUGGAGAAAUUGUGGUCUACAAUGUCAAGGGGAAGGAUAUACCUAUUGUGCAUCGGUUGGUUAGAAAGUUUGGAGCAGGACCCAAAGCAAAAUUAUUGACAAAGGGAGACAACAAUGUGGCAGACGAUACGGAGCUAUAUGCACGAGGACAGGAUUACAUUGAGAGGGAAGAUAUCAUCGGAAGUGUUGUGGGAUACAUACCAUUUGUGGGAUAUGUUACCAUUCUACUCAGUGAGCAUCCAUGGCUUAAGACUGUUAUGCUGGGAAUGAUGGGUUUAGUCGUUGUUUUGCAGAGGGAAUAA